UGACAAGGUAUAGAAUUUGGAGUAAUACUGAAUACCUAUCGCAAGCUAACGCUGCCUUUCGCCACGGGAAAGCCACCAUUUUUAGCCAGAAAGCCACGAGUAUGCCCAAUUCUAGAAAAUAAUAGGUCAAUUACCAAUUGAUAACUAAAGAGCAGCUUCUUGAAGCAUAACUUCGCCCUAGGAGGCCCGGUGGACUUCCGCCACAAGCAUCCACGGACAUCCUAGCCGCCCGCUAUGCAACGGGUGCUGCGGGCGGCAGGAGAAUCCCUCUUAGUCGGGCGUGCUGGGGGACUUCGCAUAAUGCUUUGCGCCAGCGGCCUGCGGGGCCUCGCCUUCAGCGGCAGUGCUAGCCAUGCGGCCGUUCCGUCAACGCUCUGCUCUCGGCCUUGCGCCGUGCGUGCGCCAUUCCUGCAUCCGCAUACCUCCUUCUUCCGCAACUUUAGGACGCCACAGCUCACGAUAGUCAACGUGUCUCGGCCCGAAAGCCGGGUGGCAGCCCAUGACAAGGCACAUUCCGCCACACCUCGAACGUUCCAGGACCUGGGGUUGCAUGCGCCGCUGGUUUCGGCGCUGCAGGGCAUGGGCAUAACGGAACCAACCGACAUCCAGACCCUGGCCAUCCCCGCCCUCACCCAGCAGCCCGGCAACUACUUCCUCGCCUCCCACACCGGCAGUGGCAAGACACUGGCCUACCUGCUGCCCCUGAUCCACGAGCUGAAGGCGCAGGAGGCUGCGGGCUACGUCCCGCGCCCCCGCCGCCCUCGCGUCCUGGUGCUGGGACCCACUCGGGAGCUGACGGACCAGAUCACGCGGGUCGCCAAGAGCCUGUGCCACACCGCAAAGUUCCGAGCGGCGUGUGCUAAUGCGUUUCGGAGCCUCUCCGAGCAGUCCCGGCAGCUGUCGGGUCCGGUGGAUGUGCUUGUGGCCACCCCCACCCGCUUCCUGCAGCACGUCAAGGAGGGCAACGUGCUGUACAGGGAUAUUCGCUGGCUGGUGGUUGACGAGGCUGACACGGUGUUUGAGCAGGGCUGGGGGCCCGAGGUGGCGCAGAUCCUGGCCCCGCUGCGCGCCAAGCCCGACCCCGCCCGCGUGCUGCUGGUGAGCGCCUCGCUGGGGCGACCCGUGGUGCGAGCCAUGAAGGAGCUGGUGCCGGAUGCAAGGGAGCUAAAGACCUCCACCCUGCACCGAGCUGUGUCCGGCAGCUCACAUCAGUUCCUGGGUGUGCCGCCCGGGGGCAACAAGCUGCAGCUGCUGGCGGAGGUCCUGGGUGCCGACUCUCGCCGCUCCCAGAAGGUUCUUGUGUUCUGCAACACGGUGGACAGUUGCCGCGCGGUGGAGCACUACGCGCGGGAGGAGGGGCUGCGCUGCGUGUGCUACCACGGGGACAUGCCGGCGGAGGAGCGGCAGGAGUCCAUGGCUACCUUUGCCGGCGCCUCCUCCUCCUCCUCCUCCUCCCCCGAGCAGCCCCCCCAGCAACCCAUCAUGAUCGCCUCCGACCUGGCCGCCCGAGGCCUCGACUUCCCGGGCUGUGUGGACCACGUGAUCAACUUUGACUUCCCCGCCACCAGUGUGGACUACCUGCACCGCACGGGGCGUACGGCACGGGCGGGGAAGACGGGCAAGAUCACCUCCCUGGUCACCUCCCGAGACAAGGUGCUGGCCCAGCGUAUCGAGUACGCCCUGCAGCACGAUGAGCCACUGGACGGACUGUCGGCAGACAGACAGAAGCUGCCGCCCUCGCAGGUUGCUCAGCUGCAGCGGGAGCGCUCCAACGUGAAGGUGCGGGAGGCGGUAGCGGUGCUGGGCCCCAAGGGCCUGGCGAAGCUGCGGGCCACCAACGCUGCGGC